AUGGCCCACAUCAUCACAUUACCCACGUUCAAACAACAGGGUAAUGUCUCGCUAUCGCACGCAAGAAAUAUUUCAGAGCGCUGGGUAAAAGAUUUUGAGCACGCUCUGCAAAGAAAUGACAGAGAAGGUCUUGAAAAAGCAUUCGUCAAAGAAGCCUGGAUCCGUGACUUACUCUCUUUCACCUGGGGUUUUCGAACUCUUCAAGGUCGCGACAACGUCCUCAACUACCUGCAAAAUAACUACAAUGCCGGUAUCAGCAGCAUUCGACUUCGUGACUACGGCACAUUUCAGCCUACCUUCAAGAACCCAUGUCCGGACAUGCAAUGGAUCGAGAGUAUGUUCGACUUCGAGUCACGUCACGGCCGUGGAAAAGGGAUGCUUCGACUAGUAUUGGAUGGUGACGAUGCAUGGAAGUGCUAUUUAAUCCAUUUCACCCUCCAGGAGAUCAAAAGACAUGAAGAGAAGACAGGAUUUACGCGCCCAGAAGGUUACGUUGACACAUCGGGUGGCAACUGGCAACAGCGACGUGAGAGGCAAAAGGAGUUUCUCGAUGAAGCUCCGGCUGUGCUCAUAGUAGGUGCCGGCCAAUCUGGUCUUUCUACGGCUGCUCGACUCCAGCAACUCGGAGUGCCAGCAUUAAUUAUUGAGAAGAGUAGUCGUGUUGGCGAUAGUUGGCGCAAACGUUACAAGACACUGAUGACCCAUGACCCAAUCCAAUACUGCCACCUCCCAUAUAUCCCUUUUCCUUCCCACUGGCCGUUAUUUAUGCCAAAAGACAAACUUGCCGAUUGGCUUGAAGCAUAUGCCAGCCUGAUGGAGCUCAACGUUUGGUGCGACACCGAACUCCAGAGCACCGCGUUUGAUGAGACUACAAAAACAUGGACUGUGACAGUAAAGCGAUCGGAUGGUUCAAUACGAAUUAUUAAACCACGGCAUGUUGUUCUGGCGACUGGGAAUGCAGGAGAUGCCAUCCUUCCACAUUUUGAUGGUAUCGAAAGCUUCAAAGGGACUGCUUACCACGGAAGUCAGCACAAGGAUGCAUCGGAACACUCCGACCUCUCUAGCAAACAUGUGGUAAUAAUAGGUUCGGCCACUUCAGCGCAUGACCUUUGCCAGAAUUUCCAUGAAUGCGGUGCCGCAUCGGUAACUAUGCUCCAACGUGGCAGCACUCAUGUCUUGACGGCAAAGAAAGGCCUCCCAAUGCUUCAUUCGGGAACGUAUGAGGAGGGUGGACCACCGACUGAAGACCUGGAUGUCGACAGCCAAAGCAAACCACUUCCUGUUCAGUUUGCACUCAACAUUUUCAAGACAAACGCUAUCAAAACAGUUGACAAGGAUAUCAUAGACGGAUUGACGAGUGCCGGAUUUGAGCUCGACUAUGGGAUAGAUGGAAGCGGCAUAUACCGUAAAUACGUCACUCGUGGAGGUGGCUAUUAUAUCGACGUUGGAUGCAGUCAGCUCAUUAUCGAUGGAAAGGUCAAAGUAAAAUCCAAUCCUGGAGGAAUCAAUUCGUUCACUCCCGAGGGGCUGCUUCUUGCAGAUGGAUCCGAACUCAAGGCAGACAUAAUCAUCAUGGCAACAGGCUACCAAACAAUGCACAGCACAGCGAAAAAGCUCUUUGGAGACAAAGUCGCUUCACGUCUAGGAAAGGUCUGGGAUUUGAACGAAGAGGGCGAAAUAAAUUCGAUUUGGCGAUACAGCGGACAUCCCAACUUUUGGUUCAUGGGUGGCAGCCUCGCCCUAUGUCGGACAUACUCGAAGAUGCUGGCAUUGCAAAUUAAAGCGAGUGAACUAGGCAUUUAUGAGGCGCCAGGGAAGCGGGCCAUGAGCAACGGCGUGAAUAACGGAGUUUAA